AUGAGCAGAUUCUUUUCGCUCUUCACCAAAUCGUCGCAGCCGCUCAUCCAACACCUCGGACCACCGACCAUACCCACCGCUCAAGCCGCACAGUCAGCCCUUGCCAACAUGUCUGCUAGACAAGAGACUGCCACCGUCGCUUCCGGUUGUUUCUGGGGUACCGAAGACAUCUACCGCAAAGCCUACGGCAACGGCAAGGGCCUCCUCGAUGCUAAAGUCGGCUUCAUUGGUGGAAGCGAAUCGAGCAAGAACCCUACCUACGAAGAAGUCUGCACCGGACGAACGGGUCACGCUGAGGCAACACAGAUCCAGUACGACCCCUCGAAGGUAUCGUACGCCGAGUUGAUCGAGUUCUUCUACCGCACGCACGACCCUACGCAGCUCAACCAGCAGGGUAACGAUCGAGGCACACAAUACCGUUCGGCCAUCUUUGCACACGAUCAGAACCAGCUCGAUACCGCAAAAAAGGUGACGGAGGAGGUGCAGAAGAAACACUUUGAUCCCAAGGGAAAGAAGAUUGUUACUCAAUUGGAGAUCAGGAAGGCGGAGGACUUUUUCCCUGCUGAUGACUACCACCAACAGUAUUUGAUUAACAACCCGAAUGGCUAUCACUGCUCUACACACCGAUACUGGUGGUAA